ACAGCACUAAAUGCUUCGAAGUGUGAUAUUACGGCAUAGUCGAACGAUAAGCCGGAAUAGCUGGGUGGCUAGAGCAUUUCGAAGCGAGAAGGUCGACAAAGAAACGGUUUUUUUUUUCAAGAAAAUGGAUUUUUUUAAAUUUAAAACUUCAGGGAUUAUUUGGAAAUAAAAACUUGAAAACCGCAGAAAGUUUCAAUGAAUUACCGGCGGCAGUUAAAAAAUCAACUGAUGCUCUUAUUCAGGAGCUUCUAACCCCAUCGCAGAAUCCCAGAACUUCUAUUCAAAUUGUCGAUGAUAUUUCGAAUGAGAUUUGCAAAUCGGCGGAUCUUGCUGAAUGUGUUCGUCAACUGCACAGUGAGCCCGAGUUCAGAAAUGCGGCCGAAGAUGUUUCCAGAAAUUUCUGUGAGCUCGUUGAAAGCCUGAACACAAAUACAGCACUAUAUCAGAAGCUUAAAUCAUCAGAAAUCACUGAAUCUUCAAGACUGGAUGAUGUUGAUAAACGAACUCUCACCCUGUUGCUUGAUGAUUUUGAACAAAGUGGAGUACAUUUGAAAGAUAAUCAAAAAGAGCAAUUUGUGCAACUUUCCUCGGAGAUUUUCGACGCUGGCGCUAGAUUUCAACAGAAUUGUGAUCGGAUUGUGUCUGUUGGAAAAUUCGAUCAAGCAAAAUACGGACUUCCAUCACAAAUCUACACGCCAGUCUCCAACUCACUUGAUAGAUCAAAACGAAAAAUGGUGUACAACACGUUUUAUAGACAUGAUGACAUUCAAGAAUCAUAUCUUCAACAUUUAAUAUCAUCCAGGCAUCAACUUUCACAGCUCACAGGAUUCGAAUCAUUUGCUCAUCGAGCUCAACGAAAUUCUCUUCUCGAGAAUUAUGAUACAGUUCGAAGUUUUUUAUGGGGAGUUGUGGAGAAAUGUCGUGGAGCAUUCGAAAAAGAGCUGGCAGUGUUGAUUGAUGUUUCAGCUCAAUGCAGUCAACAGGAUAAUAAUAAUGGAAAUAAUGAAAUUUCGACGAUUGCUGAACAUGAUUUGGGAUUCCUUAUGCACUUGUAUAGGGAAAGCGCCUACGAUAUUGCACAAGUUUCACAGCAAUCAUCUCCAUUUUUUACUUUUAAUUCCAUUUGGAAUGGAUUUUCCACGUUGACACAAAGAUUAUAUGGUGUUCGAUUGAUUGAGGAACCAUUGAUUAGUGGAGAAAUGUGGAAUUCUUCAGGAGUCAUGAAAUUGCAAGCAGUCGACGAGCAGAACAACGAGCUCGGUGUGAUCUACGUGGAUGUUUCAAUUCGACCGGAAAAAGCUGUCGGAGACUGUCAUUAUACUGUUCGUUGCUCCAAACAGCUUUCUGAUGGCACGUGGCAAAUGCCAAUUUUGGUACUUUCUCUCGGAUUGGUGGAUGGUCAUAGCAGCCAAUGGAGAAAUUCUAGGGUGAGCUUCCACUCUGCAGAAACCAUGUUCCACGAGCUCGGACACGCAAUGCACAGUAUUCUCGGCAGGACCAAGUACCAACACGUAGCUGGAACAAGAUGCCCUCAGGACUUUUCGGAGAUUCCAUCGAAUCUUAUGGAGUACUUCUUCAGUGACUUGGGAGUCAUGACAGAUAUUAUCAGAAGAACUGAUCGACCUGAAGAGCAACUUUCGAUUGAAUCAGCUGCAACUCUACUAGCUUCCAGACACUCGUUCACAGCUAUCGAGACAGUUCAGCAGGCUGCAUAUGGGCUUUACGAUUUGGAAGUUCACGGUCCGAUUGCUGCACCACAGAUUGCUUCGGGAAGAAUGACAACUACAGAACUAUUCCAUGAUAUUAUGAACAAAACAAUGCCACACAUUCAAAGAUCCCCGGAUUCGGCAUUCCAGCAUCGGUUCCAUCACACUGUUCAAUAUGGUGCAAAGUACUACUCAUAUCUUGUGGCCCGUGCUUCUGCUUGUCUCAUCUGGCAACAGAGAUUCCUGAAUGACCCAUUCUCACGGAAAUGGGGAGAUUGUUGGGCCGAAGUUCAAUCACAUGGAGGUGGACAUCAUCCUGCUGUUCUAUUGGAGAAGAUUCUUGGCUUCAGGCCAACGGAAAAUGAUUUAACGCAGGCACUCUCGAAGGAAUCUCAACAUUUGGCGAAUCUCGAUGCGGUUACUGUAUAAAUGGGUUCAAGACGCAUAUAUAAAUGAGUCUUAGAUGUCUUAAGUUAGAUGUUAACUGUGAAUAUUAUAGCAUAUGCUUUUUUUCAACCUUU